GGUCCUUCUGAGCAGCAGCAGCAGGAACAGAAACAGCAGAACCAGCAGAACCAGCAUGGCGUACCUGGCAAAGAUCGGUCCGUCCAUCCUGAGCAGCAACCUGUCCUGCCUGGGCAGCGAGUGCGUGCGCAUGAUGGAGUGCGGGGCGGACUACCUGCACCUGGACGUCAUGGACGGACACUUUGUGCCCAACAUCACCUUCGGCCAUCCCAUGGUGGAGUGUCUGAGGAAGUCAGUGGGUCAGCAGCCUUUCUUCGACUUGCACAUGAUGGUGUCCCGGCCGGAGCAGUGGGUGAAGCCCAUGGCUGCAGCCGGAGCCAGCCAGUACACCUUCCACCUGGAGGCCACCACCAACCCCGGAAACCUCAUCAAGGAGAUCAGGGAGAGCGGCAUGCAGGUGGGUGUAGCCAUUAAACCAGGUACCACGGUAGAAGAGUUGGCUCCCUGGGCGAACCAGAUCGACAUGGCUCUGGUCAUGACUGUAGAGCCUGGAUUUGGAGGACAGAAGUUCAUGGAGGACAUGAUGCCCAAGGUGAGCUGGCUGCGCAGUCAGUUUCCGUCACUAGACAUUGAAGUAGACGGAGGGGUCGGCCCUGACACCAUCCACAAGUGUGCAGAGGCCGGGGCUAACAUGAUCGUAUCGGGCAGCGCCGUGAUCGGCAGCGACGACCCUCGCUCCGUCAUCGCGCUGCUGCGAACAGCGGUGGCCGAGGCGAUCCAGAAACGCUCGCUGGACCGCUGACGCGUCCACACAGCUGUCCUGCUGGAAAUGAGUCAACGCGGAGGCAUCCGGGGGCUUCGGAGGAUUUACUUGGCUGACAACUACAUACCGAGUCGCUUCGACACGAGGGACGUUGCAUUGUGCCUGUUUAAACUUUGUCAUCUCCGGCCAGUUUCCUUUCUGUCCGAGUAGUUGACUCAAACUGAGUCUGAUGUCGGUGCAGGAGCACGAAACGACUGGAGCUCUCUUCCCCCGAUUAACUCCACAAACAUUCCACUACUGCUCUUAACUUGACAUGAUCUAUGGAAACAAAGUGAUUCAAGAUGCAGUUUGUUUAGUACGACUCGUGUUUUGAAAGUUUGAUUUCUCCCAUGUGUCUCAAAUCAUGUUUCAAAUGUCAAAAAUCGAGAAUCAUUCACCCUUUUGUUAAAAUCAGAACCGACUUACUGAACUACUGAGCAAAUAUACGGUUUUGCAGAAUAAAAAGGCUCA